AUGGCUAUUUAUUCUGUUUCUGCUACCGCUCCAGUUAAUAUUGCUACAUUGAAAUAUUGGGGGAAAAGAGACGUUUCUUUAAAUCUACCUACUAAUUCGUCCAUAUCUGUUACUUUAUCUCAAGAUGAUUUAAGAACUUUAACCACUGCUGCCACAAGUGACACUUUUGAAGAAGAUACUUUGUGGUUGAAUGGUAAACUGGAAUCUUUGCAAAGCAAAAGAACUCAGGAUUGUUUACAUGAUUUGCGUCAAUUAAGAGCUCAAUUAGAAGAUGAAGAUAAAACUCUACCACCAAUGUCCAAAUGGAAGUUACAUUUGGUGUCAGAAAAUAAUUUCCCUACUGCUGCUGGGCUAGCAUCCUCUGCAGCGGGUUUUGCUGCUUUAGUGGUCGCUGUUGCCAAAUUAUAUCAACUACCACAAUCCAUGUCUGAAUUAUCAAAAAUUGCCAGAAAGGGGUCCGGGUCCGCAUGUAGAUCUUUAUUCGGUGGCUAUGUGGCAUGGGAAAUGGGUGAAUUAAAAGAUGGAACUGACUCUAAAGCUGUUCAGGUCUUAGAAAAAGAUCAAUGGCCAGAUAUGAAAGCUUUGAUCCUUGUGGUCAGUGAUAUCAAAAAGGAUGUUUCUUCUACAAAAGGGAUGCAGUUAACUGUAGCUACCUCUGACUUGUUCCAACACAGAAUCGCAAAAGUCGUUCCAGAAAGAUUCAUCUCUAUGAAAGAAGCAAUUAAAAAUAAAGAUUUUAAUAAGUUUGCUGAAUUGACAAUGAAGGAUUCAAACUCAUUCCAUUCAACUUGUUUGGAUUCUUAUCCACCAAUCUUUUACAUUAACGAUACUUCAAAGAGAAUUAUCAACUUAUGUCAUCUGAUUAAUACAUUUUAUGAGACUAAUAUUGUAGCAUAUACUUUUGAUGCAGGUCCAAAUGCUGUAUUGUAUUAUUUAAAGGAAAAUGAGGAUAAAUUAUUGUCUAUCUUGAAUGAAAUCUGUUCUAAUAUUACCGGGUGGAAUGAUAAAUUUUCUAAGGAACAAACUGAAAAUUGGUCAAAUACUUACGAUAAGAAAUUAAAGAACCAUUUUGAAUCAUUUAUUGUUAAUUAUCGCGAUGACAUUGAUAAACAUGUUACAAGAGUUAUCGCUACUCAAGUGGGUUCAGGACCUCAAUCUACAGAAGAAUCGUUAAUUGAUGAAGUAACUGGCUUGCCGAAAUAA